AUGCCUGCCUCGUCGGCCCCGCUUUCCCCCCUUCUCUCGCCGUCCGUUCAGCCAGAGCGUCGCCUCUGGAGGAGUUUCUCGGGGUUAUCGGCCUCGUCGCAACCACGCUCGCCCACCGACAAUGGCCAGGCUCCUGUAAUCACGGAGGAGAUCAGCGAGAUCAAACGAUACGAAGACUUUACGACUAUUGACUGGGUUCAGGAUGCGGUGCACGAGCAAGCGCGGCGGCGGAUGAAGCGACAGGAGGGCUCGGGAUUUUGGGAUAAAGAAGGCACUUUCAAAUGGAGACAUAAAGUACGAGAGUCUUAUGACGCUGGACAAGCCUGGCUUGUCAUUACGAUUGUCGGGGCAGCAAUUGGGCUGAUUGCGGCUGUCCUAAAUAUUAUUACCGAGUGGUUGUCGGACAUUAAAUUGGGAUACUGUACGACGGCGUUUUAUCUCAAUCAACAAUUCUGUUGCUGGGGUGCUGAAGGGGGCUGCCCCGAGUGGAGGGACUGGACUUCAUACUGGGUUGUGAACUACGUUCUCUACACCUUUUAUGCGGUUCUGUUCGCAUUCAUAGCUGCGAAACUAGUCAAGUCGUUUGCGCCGUAUGCCGCCGGAUCGGGAAUUUCCGAGAUAAAAUGCAUCAUCGCUGGGUUCGUGAUGAAAGGCUUCCUGGGCGGAUGGACGCUCUUGAUCAAGUCAAUUGCGCUUCCGCUGGCUAUCGCGUCCGGUUUGUCGGUAGGCAAAGAAGGUCCAAGCGUUCACUUUGCCGUCUGUGCUGGAAAUGUCAUCUCGCGGUUUUUUACCAAGUACAAGCGAAGUGCAUCGAAAACUAGAGAAGUUUUGACAGCAACGGCAGCAGCCGGCGUUGCUGUUGCUUUUGGAAGUCCGAUUGGUGGCGUAUUAUUCUCCCUUGAGGAAGUAGCGUCCUAUUUUCCAUUGAAGACUCUGUGGCGGAGCUAUUUCUGUGCUCUAGUUGCGACUGGAGUGUUAUCCGUUAUGAACCCUUUUAGAACUGGACAGCUCGUCAUGUUUCAGGUGCAGUAUGAUCGAACAUGGCACUUUUUCGAACUCAUAUUUUUCGUCAUAAUUGGCAUAUUUGGUGGGCUGUACGGAGCACUAGUAAUUAAGUGGAAUCUUCGUGUCCAAGCAUUCAGGAAGAAAUAUCUUUCCCAAUAUGCUGUGGUGGAGUCGGUGAUCCUAGCUGCUAUCACGGCAGUCAUCUGUUUCCCCAACAUGUUCCUGAAAAUCAACAUGACAGAAAUGAUGGAAAUUCUGUUUCAGGAAUGCGAAGGAGAGCAUGACUACCACGGCCUGUGCGAAUCUAAGUAUCGCUGGUCAAUGGUGUUCUCAUUGGCCACUGCCACAAUCCUGCGGGUAUUCCUGGUCAUCAUAUCAUAUGGUUGUAAGGUGCCGGCUGGUAUUUUUGUCCCAUCUAUGGCGAUUGGGGCGUCUUUUGGCCGCAUGGUCGGUAUUAUGGUCCAGGCAUUGCACGAAUCGUUUCCAGAUUCGAGGUUUUUUGCAGCCUGUGAGCCGGACCUUCCUUGUAUUACGCCGGGCACUUACGCAUUUCUCGGCGCGGGCGCGGCUUUGAGUGGAAUCAUGCAUUUGACCAUCUCGGUAACUGUAAUCAUGUUCGAGCUGACAGGAGCUCUGACCUAUAUUCUUCCAACCAUGAUCGUGGUUGGAGUCACCAAAGCCGUUGGAGAUCGUUUUGGAAACGGCGGCAUAGCUGACCGCAUGAUCUGGGCCAACGGGUUUCCGUUCCUUGAUAAUAAAGAGGACCACGUCUUCAACGUCCCCGUUUCGCAUGCCAUGACGAGCGACCCGGUAUCGCUUCCUGCGUCUGACUUCCCAGUACGUGAAGCGGAGCAUCUCCUGAACGAUAACAAAUUCCAAGGCUUCCCAAUCGUGGAAGACCGCUCGAGUAAAAUCCUAGUCGGGUACAUUGGCCGCACAGAAUUGCGUUACGCUAUCGAUCGAGCUAGAAGGGAAAGCAUGCUCUCUCCGACUGCCCAAUGCGUAUUUACCAGGGAAGCAGUGGAAGCAUCAGUGGCUCGCCGCGCCUCCUCCACUUUCCAGCGUACCCAUUUAACACCGAGUACCUUUGAUAAUAUAGAGACCACUUCCGGAGCGAGCUCCGUGGACUUUAGCAGGUACAUCGACCAUACCCCACUAACAGUUCACCCGCGUCUGCCACUGGAAACCGUCAUGGAGAUUUUCAAGAAAAUGGGCCCUCGAGUCAUCUUGGUUGAGCACCGUGGCCGACUUACGGGACUCGUCACAGUCAAGGACUGCCUCAAGUACCAGUUCAAGGUCGAGGCCGAGGAGCAAGCACUAGCUGCAACGCACCAACCGGAGCUUCCCCUUGGGGCUUACCAGGCGAAGGAUAAUGACACGCUUGAAGAACGCAUCUGGCACUUUAUGCAGAAAAUUGGGUCCAAGUUUUCCAAGGGAUCUGGGCGACCACGAGAUGUCAGACCCAUCCCGCAACAGGAUCGAUCCCCAACUGGUCCGGGGCCGGAAGAAGACGCUGACGAUGGCAUGGUCGAAUUAGAAGAAAGACCUUAA